AUGGCUGAGUCAGAGAAGGGGGAGAGAAAAGGGGUGGAUUUGGAUUCUAUCCUGGUGGAAGAAAUCGGCCAGUUCGGGAAAUACCAGAUCCUGACGCUCGCUCUUGCUGCGUUCCCUGUGAUGUUCUCAGCGUUUGCCGCUGGCGAAUAUAUCUUCACAACAGCCAGAGUGCCUUCACGAUGCUUAAUCCCUCAAUGCGACACAGAAAACCCGGAAUACGCUCCGCCAUGGAUACUGAACGCAAUACCGGGCACCAGUUUGGAUAGCUUCGACAAUUGCGAGAAAUACGCGAACAGCUCUACCAUCACCCCGAGAAAUGUUUGUCCAGCUGACUGGUUUAACAGAAACGAAGUGGUUCCGUGUGAUGCCUAUGUAUAUGAGAAUACUCUUAGCGUGGUUUAUGAUUUCGACAUGGCAUGCAACGAAUGGCAGCGCUCCUUGAUAGGCACAAUCCGCACCGUCGGAACCCUCCUGGUCCUCCCGAUAACAGGCUACAUCUCCGACCGCUGGGGGCGCCGCGUCGCCCUCACCAUCAACGCGUUUAACACCGGCUGGAUUGGCCUCGUUCGAUCCUUCGUCAAUACGUACGAAUGGUUCUUGGUGCUGGAAGUUUUGGAGUCUACUGUCGGCGCUGGGGCGUAUUCUUCAUGCUAUAUCUUGGUAACCGAAUUGGUAGGACCGAAGUACAGGGUGAUAGCAGGAGCAACGAUUUCCACUCUAUUUGCAUUGGGUCAAGUGAUCCUUGGGUUCAUUGCUUGGGGAGUCCCAUCGUGGCGACCUCUCACACAAGUGCUAUAUGCUCCACAGCUCUUAGUCGUUACUUACUUCUGGAUCCUAUCAGAAUCAGUACGUUGGCUUCUGAGUAAAGGAAGAUAUGAAGAAGCCGAAACCAUUCUGAAGAAAGCUGCCAAGAGAAAUAACAAGGAGCUAUCUGAGAAGUCGCUGCAAGCUUUGCGUGAUAAUGCGGAAUACGAGAAGACGGCUGAAAAGCCUAAGGAACCGUGGUUGCCUUUGCUUGUGAUUCGGUCAAAGGUCAUUCUUUUUAGAUGCUGCGUCUCACCGAUCUGGUGGAUUACGAACACACUCGUGUACUAUGGAAUGUCUAUUAACGCUGUCAACUUAUCAGGUAACCGAUACUUGAACUACAUAGCUGUUGCAGCAGUAGAGAUUCCAGGAUACUGGACAGCUAUCCUGCUGCUGGAUCGCGUCGGAAGGAAGCCAGUGUUGAUCGGCGCCUACUUCUUGUGUGCUGCGUGCCAGUUUGCUUUUGCCUUUAUGCCAGACGGCAAUGAGGGUCUCUCGUUAGCAAUAUACCUGAUCGGCAAGUACAGUAUAGCGGUGGUGAUGACGUCAGUAUACGUGUAUACAGCGGAGUUGUACCCCACCAAGUACCGCCACAGUCUCUUCGCGUUCUCCUCUAUGAUUGGAAGACUUGGCUCGAUUACAGCACCGCUCACACCAGCUCUGGCGCAAGAAGUAUGGGAGCCAUUCCCAUCUGUACUGUUCGGUAGCUUCGCCGCCCUUUCUGGUCUUCUGAUCUUCACCACACCAGAGACCCUCGGCACCAAGCUGCCUGAUACCAUGGAGGAAGCAGAACAGCUGGGAUCGAGGAGAAUAUAAUCUCUUUUGAUUACUUAUUAAAUUAAA